AUGCCUAGCAUUCGGACCCAACCAGUGUCUCAUCAAGGAAUGGUGAGUACCGAAAAGGUCUCUACUGGUGGUCUCCAGCUCUUGUCUCCCACCUUUCAACAAUCGAUUCAACGGCCAGCGUUAAAAACGUCGUCCUCGGACCCUGUCGAGGACGUUGGCUGGAGCACGACACCCACUACAACCAGCAAAACCAACGACGAACCACUUGACUGCGAGUCGCUUGACGUCGAUACCUUUUUGAGUAACUGUGCUGAAGGUUCUUCAACACUUCAGAAAGUCCCUUCCAAUGCUGUCGAGUUUGACUUUAACGGCUUCACGAUAGCGUCGGUACGCCAAAUGGGGCAAGUCGAGCAGCACGAUGUGGUUCAGACGUCAGUACUGGGGUCGAAUUCUCGUGGGUCACGCACGAACAGUAUCGACUGCGGCGUUCAGUCUAGUACUAGCAACACAACCAGUCUUGCUGACUACUGUUCCUCGUACUAUAAUGAGACCGCCAAGCUCAAUCCACUGAGCUGCAGCAUGGGCAGCGCAAGGACAACAAGCACGAUCGAGGAUUUCGACAUGCAGCGACAUCAUUCGUUCGAUAAGUCCAUGCGACGGACAAGUGUCGUGGCUCGGAGCACAUUUCAGCUGAGCUCGACUGCUGCUUCAUCGGGGUUCCCCCUGGCGAAGAAGAAAGAGGUGACUGCAGUCGUCAUGCGUGGGUGGCUAGAGAAGCGAAAAGGACUGGUGCUGAAGCGCUGGAAACCAUUCUAUUGUCUCUUGAAGAGCGACGAUAGCUUGUGUCUCUAUGCCAGUGAAGACACGGUGAACGGUCGACUGGAACAGCGGUGCCAGGUCUUGCGCGUGAUGCUCACGGACAAGAACGACUCGUUCCACAUCAUUGGCGUGGACUCGGAGGGUGCGCCACGACGAGAGGAACUCCGAGCUUUAGUGCCUCGAGAAUGGGCUCGUUGGUUCCGCGUGCUGUGCAAGUUCCUCGAUAGCUCAUCGAUCGAGCAUUCCGUGGCAUGCAAGCCCGAGCUCAAUUUGACCAAGACCUCCAACGAGACGGAAGAAGGGGAUUGGAGCGACAAUGAGAGCAACAGUAGUCACAUGUCGAAGAAGCAAAGACACUUUCAGUCUGCGCGCGAUGGAAAUGGAGACGACCAGACGUCCAUGCACUUGUCUUUCUCUGGAUCCUCCUCAGCGGUGAGCAUCAAUGGCAACAAUCGCGUGAGUGAAGCCACGACGACACCCGAAGCAAAGGCAGACUGUCUGAAGUUGCUCGAGUGCCCCAUGAUUGGAGUCGAAGAUCAGGGCGUGGUGCCAAUGUUGGGGAUCCGAGCAUCCAAAUCGAAGCGUGCAGGUCUACCCCCAGCACCUUCAUCGGAUUUUUCCAGGACGAAAUAG